AUGUUUCGAAACCUUUCGAAAACCAGAUGGGCAGCACGCACUGAAGAAUCAGUACAAGCUAUUUGGCGAAGUUUAGAAGCUAUUCUCGAUGCUUUCAUGUGUCUUGAAGGUUCAAAAGACCAAGAAACGAAGACAAAGGCGUCUGGUCUUCUCAAUGCAACGUGCAACAUUGACUUUAUAUGCGGGCUAAUGCUUUUGAAAAAUAUCAUGCUUAAAGCAAAGAUGCUGUCUGAUUAUUUACAAAGCGAAAACAUCAAUGUUGCGGGUGCACUGAUUGCCUUAAGUUCAACUAAUGAAACUUUGAAAAGAGUGCGGGCCGACGAUAAUGAAAUCAACAACGAAAUCGAAGCGGCGAUAAUAGUUGCAAGCAAUCUUGGGACAGACCCAGACGCUGAUUUCCUAAGGCUACAUCCAGUAAGAAGACCGUCACACCGUUUAGACGAUAAUCCUGCCACAGCAAUGCCAGUAUUUUGCGAUAUAACCUCGUUUAACAGAUGUGAGUUUUUUAAGUUUCUUGAUUUCCUGAUUUCAACCUUAAGAGAAAAGUACCAAUCCCUUGCAAGUGUUUUUCAGCCAUUUUUGAAAGUUAUGGACCCCAAAGGCCCUGGCAACAUGGAAGAUGUCAAGAUGCUGGCCGCAUCAUUACCCUCUGUAUUUCCAUCGGACGUGUCUGCAACCCUGUACAAUGAAUUCAAAGUUUUCUUUCAGCACAUCGAUGAGCUAAGAAAGUGUGGUGAUUUCGAUGACAUUGGCAGACAACACUCUGAGAUAUCGAAAGCUGCAGAUAUCGCUCUUGAGUUGGCAAGGCAGCAUGGUCUUUUUAAAUAUGUGUCGAGAGUUUACCAGCUUUUUCUAACAGCUGCCCCGUCAGUUUGCAAGAAUGAAAGAACCUUCAGCGCAUUAAAAAGGGUGAAAAACUACCUUUGA